CAUUUUCAUCCCGAUGUGAAGAAAAUUCUUUGCUGUCACAGCUGACUGACAUAAAGUUCUUUAAUUUUUUCAUCAAAAAUAAACAGAAAUUAAAGAAAAUAUUAAACAUUUAUUUAACUAUGUCAACAACCUCAAAACUAACACUUUUGGCGGCCUGUGGGAUUUCUACUGGAAUAAUUGGAUACGUGCAUUUUAAACAAACUUCUGACAGAGAGAAAUUACAUGAGGGUGUUCUACGUGAUGUUGAGCGCCAACAACGUAGGAAAUUAGAAAAUACUUAUGUGUUGCAAAAACAAAUAGAUUUGACUAAACAAUUGAAAAGUGACCUCAAAAAUUCGGAAGAAAAUGUGUAGCUUAUUUUUUGUAUACAAUUAUGUAAAUAAAUUAUUGAUUCAUUAAGAA